AUGACCAUCAGGCAGAGGAGGGAGAGGAGGAAGGGAGCCCGGUUCCAUCGCGCCCGGGCCAGCGCUGUGAGCGACCAUGGGGAGCCCAUGGAGGUGGAUCCGCCUCCAGAGAAGCCCAUGGAGGUGGAUCCGCCUCCAGAGGAACCCAUGGAGAACAUCGAGGAAUUCUUGUCCUCGGCAGGUGGAAAAGAUGGUGCAGCUGCAGGUUUUGUGCAGGCUGCCUGCUGUGUGGCUGCUGAAGGGCAUUUCUCCUCAGCUGAGAUCCCUGAGCCCACGCUGGCAGAGAAUGUGCUGCGCCACCAUCUCUUCUGUGGGGACACUUUGCAGGUUCUCUGGUUAGCUGCAAUCAUGCCAGUUUCCAGGUGCCAUAAGCCAGACUGGCACAGUCUUGGGACUCAGACUUGGGAGACAGUGAAGAAACCCAAGGCAAGUGCUGCUCGGCUGAGGAAGGAAGCCAAGAAGGAGAGCAAAAAGAACCGAGCAGGCCCACAGGACACGAAUCAGCUGGAAUGCUUCCUCGGAGGUGGCACCAAGGGCAGCGGACUGAGUUGCCUGGUUUUCACAGACAGUGCAGAGGGACUGAGGCACCUGGAAGGGAAGGGCUUGUGCUGCGUUCCAAGCAAAGAGGGCUUGCCAGAGGCAGGACUUCAGCUAUGGCAAGAGAUGGUGAUGCUGCGUUCCUUCAGCAUGUGUCUCUUCAGGGCCAGAGCCAGUCUAGUAUGAGAUUGAAAUACGGCUCGCCGGGCCUGGAGAGAGAGGAGGUGACGUGGCCAUAGGAUCAGGCUUCUUGUGUCUGCCUGGAGGCUGAAUGACUCAUUGCUAAGCAGACAUCCUGGACACUGGGGUUUUGUUUUGGGCUGUGUUGAUAAAUGCAACCCAAAUCCUUCUGUAUUGAAUAAAAGUGAAACCAACCUUUUAAAACA